AUCGGAAGAACCAUGUAACAAUGCAAAGAACCAUAUAGUCAUACAGAGAGUUCUUUCAGUGUUCAUGGUGCAAUAUAGAAGCUUUUUCUUUACUGAACAACCCUGGAGAACAAACAACAAGUAGGGCUCAAAAAAAUUCAGAAAAAACAGCUUUAUGACUGAUUUGGGCUUUUCUAGUGAAAAAAAAAUGUUUAUAAAAUUCUUUAAAAAUAUAUCAAAUAUUUAAAUGUAUAAAAUUGAAUUGUUUGCAUUGGAUUAUAAAAGUUUACAAGUAAGUUAUGAGAUUUGAAAAUUGGUGAAAAUUAAUGAUGAAAAUUAGCAAUUUUUUUUUUUACUUUCUGUCACAAAUUGUGUUUUCACUCCUUUUUCUUUUGCUUUUUUAUGACAUCAUUGCUGAAUCUAUGCAUUUUUCUGACGUGUAAAUCCUCACAGUAAUUAAAAACUAGCAGCUACACACGGUUAAUUAAAAAUAUAUCCCAAAACAAUCCAGCAGCGCUUUAUUUUAAACUCAGGCGAAAAUACAAAUAAAUCAGUGCUGAAGCAGCUCCGAAGUGUUUGAUAGGAGAGUCUGUGCUGCCCCCUACAGCACAGAGAAGGUAUUACAGUCUGAUUUACAUUUAGACGAGCCGAGCGUCUAAACACUAUUUUCCCUUCUCGGAUAUAAACACCAGCGAACGACUUUUUUCUUUACAAUGAGUUUUUGGCAUUAAAUUCAGUCUGAUUUAUAAAUAAACGACAGAAAAUCAGAAAUUACUACUGUCUAUCCAAAGUACAAUUACACAAACUUUCAUCACUUUACACCAAUCGAAACCAGCCCUGUGACAUUUUAUCACAUAAAUAUACAUAAAAAUCAUUUUACAGGAGUCUUUAUUAUUAACAAAGAGGCACCUUUCAAAACAAAGUGUUUCGUAUCCCAUACCAAAUGUCGUUUUUACACUUGAAUACGGUAUAUAUGAGAACUACAACUCCCACGAUGCACCGCGUGGACGCUCGUAUGACGCCGUACGUUUUAGCGGGAGAAUCGAAGCGAGAGAAGGAAAAACAAACGGCAUUAGGAUGCAGAGAAUCAGCCGGUUAAAGCGAGAACUUAAGCUUCUGAACACAGAACCACCUCCUGGAAUCCAGUGCAACUUCAGUGAGGAGAACCUGGAUAACAUACAGGCCCAGAUCAUUGGAGGUUCUAACACGCCGUAUGAAGGUGGAGUUUUCCAGCUGGAGAUAAAGAUACCUGACAGGUAUCCAUUCGAACCUCCUCAGAUUCGCUUCCUGACGCCCAUCUAUCACCCAAACAUUGACACGGCUGGACGCAUCUGCCUGGAUGCUCUAAAAAUGCCACCCAAGGGUGCCUGGAGACCUUCUCUGAACAUCUCCACUGUGCUGAGCUCCAUCCAGCUCCUCAUGGCUGAACCCAACCCAGACGACCCGCUGAUGGCUGAUAUUUCGUCUGAGUUUAAAUACAACAAAGCAGUUUAUUUGGAAAAGGCUCGAAAAUGGACAUCAAAGUACGCAACACAGAAGAACAAGGGCAAUGUGGAGGCAGAGCAGAAGAUUCCUGAAGAUGGAGGCAGUAAAACUUCACGGAAGAGAGAAGCACUUUCUGCUCAGGAGAAUCUGGAGCAGCCAAAGAAAGUUUGUCUGUAGUUUGAUUUAUAAAUGUCUGGUUUGAUUGCUGUAGAUUGUCAUCUGUUGUUCAUGUACAUAUGUCAUUUGUUUUAAGCUGAAAAUGUUAAUAAAAUUCCAGAGUUAAAAAGGA